CUUUGGUGCCAAACACAGCAAAGCGAUAGGGGAAAAGAUGCCUAUGGUCAAUCGCACAUUGGGUCAACACAUCGAUGAUGCCAUUGCAAUUUUUAAAUGCACAAUCUUUAACGAGCAAGCAACCCCUCGCCCAUCUCCCUUGGCAUUCAUGGGUAGCCUCCCGAAUCUCUGGCUAUCUCGGGCAUGUUUGGAAUUUACCGAUAGGUAGCGCAAGAUCCGGACUGGUGAUCCGUAUCCCGAUAGGAAAUGCCUGUGGACCCUGGAUGCAAGCCUCCAAGGAAGUUAUCAUCGAGCCCCGGAGCUUGAGUCCGAAACUGCCGAAAUCCGGGGUUGCUAUCACAGCCUCGUCCCGUCGACCAGCCUGAGGAUUUAAACAACGGCCCAGAGACGAAAAGAUUCCCAGGUCGGAAUCCUUCGACCAUGGCUGAGAUGACGCCCACUAAGCAGUCCUCUGGCGAUGAUCUGCCAGAGGCCAACGCUUCACCGGGAGAGAUUGUAUCACAAGUAUACAUCGACCCCGAGCGGGAGAGGAGCAUAGUGCGCAAGUUUGACUGCUACAUGCUUCCUCAGUUUGUCAUAAUCAUGAUUCUCAGCCACCUGGACCGGACCAAUAUCGGAAACGCCCGAGUGUUCGGCUUCGAGGAGAACCUGAAGCUCCAAGGCAACGAGUUCGGCAACCUCUCGUCCCUCUUCUACACCACCUACGUCGUGUUCGAGCUUCCCUGGGUCCUGGCCGUGAAGCGGUGGGGCGCUAACCUGGUCAUCGCCGUCGCCAUCGUCAGCUGGUCCGCCGUGACGAUCGGGACAGGCUUCAUCCACAACUACCACGAGGGCAUCGUGUGCCGCCUGAUGCUGGGCAUAGCCGAGGCGGGAAUCUUUCCGGCGUUAUCCUUUGUCAUCUCGACCGUCUACCCGCGCCACAGCCAGGGUAAGCGCAUCGCCGCCCUCUACGGCGCCAUAGCGCUUUCCGGGGCGUUUGGCGGCAUCAUCGCCCACGGAAUCCAGUCCAUGGGCGCACGCCUGGGGUUGGAGGCGUGGAGGUGGCUGUUCAUUAUCGAGGGCGCCAUCUCGGUCGCCUUCGGCAUGCUCUGCUGGGUUUCGUUGCCGCGCUCGGCGCAGAACGCGUGGUUCCUGGAUGAGGAUGACCGAAGGCUCAUGCGGGACCGGGCAGAGCGUGAUGUGGCGUACACGGGGUCUGAUCAAGAGUUUUCCUGGGACUAUGUCUGGAUGGCCGUGCUGGAUCCCAUGGUCUGGGUCGCGGGGCUCAGUUUGUUCUGCGCGGGUAUUCCAAUGUUUGGUUUCGGUAUCUUCCUCCCCACCCUCAUCCGCGGGAUGGGCUUCCAGCCCAGUUCCGUAAACUACCUCACGAUCCCCGUUUACAUCGUGGCGUGCAUCAUUCUGGCCUGUUUCACGUGGCUGUCUGACCGGCUGCGGCGACGCGCCGUCGUCGCCGUCUCGGUCCCUUUUGUAGUGGUGGUCGGCUACGCCAUUGCCAUCGGCACGCCGAGCGUCGGCGCGGGAUUCUUCGCCAUGUUUUUGUGCUCGGGCGUCUAUACGUACAAUACGCUGCUGGUCGCCUGGGUUUCGAACAACAUCAAGCCCGACCACAAGCGCAGCGCCGCCUUGCCCAUCUUCGUCUCCAUCGCAAACAUCUCGGGCGUGCCUGCCAGCUUAGUUUAUCCGCCCGAGACUGGUCCGCGAUUCAUUAUGGGCAACGCUGUCAGCUUGGCCAUGGAGUUAAGCGCUGCUUUUGGUAUCGUCAUCAUUUACAUGAUGUUGAGGAGACGUAACAAUAUCAAGGCCAAACAAAGGGCGGAGGGCGUGACUGACAAUGGCGAGAAGGGCGAUAAAUCCUUGGAUUUCGACUAUAUCCUAUGAUUAACGACGUAUUGUUUUGAAGCAAGUUGGGUUCCGAGACUCCAAUGGCAACCAAUUUUAGUCGAUCCAGACAUUCAUUGUCAUUGAUCCUCAACGCUGGCCUUCUUCUCUCUAAAAAACUUGUUCAGAGUG